CACACGCCUUUCUAUCAUCCUAUGGAGCCAUUUACUACCAAGGGCAACGCAGAGCAGCGUAACAGGUUUUUUUUUCCUACUUAGUAUCUCUGUAUUUUACGAAAUUUAUGUUGUACCCGACCUUUUUGAAAUCCACAUUGUAUCCCUAAACUUUCUAAACUUUACACGAAACAUCCUUAUACACUCACUUUCUACCAUUCCUCCUUGCAUUAAUUCCAUUUUAUUUUACGCGCAAAAGAUUAUGAUCCAAUAAAGCUCAACACCAAAAAGCGCGUGUCUCUUACAGGACCAUAAAAAGAAGUAUAAGUCAAGAAACAAGAAUAAUAGUUGUCAAUAUGACAAUAUGUCAUAUUAGCCCCAUUUCAGCACUUCCACCUACAUAAUCACCAUCCUAAAAAAAAGCUUCUUCAGUUGACUUCAUAAGCUCCAAAAAAAAAACAGUUAUGGAGGAUGCUAAACAAGCCCAUAAGGCCCAUGUUCUUGUGGUUCCAUAUCCAAGCCAAGGCCAUAUCAACCCAAUGCUACAAUUCUCCAAACGCUUGGCCUCUAAAGGCAUCAAGCCCACCUUAGCCCCAACUAUCUGCUUCUCCAAACUCAUGCAUACUUCCAUCAGCCCAACCCACUACGGCCCAAAAAUUCAAGUUCGGCCCAUUUCAGAUGGCUACGACAAUGGUGGGUUUCUUUCGGCCGAGUCGAUUUCGGCCUACUUAGAUAGCUUUCGGACCAACGGCCCAAAAACAUUGGCCCAGCUCAUUAAUAAGCUAUCUGAGGAAGGUGAUCCAGUUAAGGCAAUUAUUUAUGAUGGGCAGUUACCUUGGGCUUUGGAUGUGGCCAGACAGUUUGGGCUUGUUGCUGUGUUGUUUUUUACUGAGACAUGUUCAGUGAAUAGCAUAUACUACCAUGUUCAACGUGGGCUGAUCAAGCUCCCACUUAUGGGCCCUGGCCCAAUUAAAGUGUCUGUUCCGGGUUCGGUGGAGCUCCAACCGUGGGAGGCUCCAUCACUUGUGCAAAAUUAUGAUGCAUUGCGGGUUUGGUUUGAUGAAAUUUUGAAGCAGUUUUCUGAUAUUGAUAGAGUAGAUUGGGUGCUUUUCAAUAUUUUCUAUGACAUGGAGAAAGAGGUGGUUGAUUGGAUGACGAAAAUGUGGAAAGUAAGAACCAUAGGACCAACAAUUCCAUCAUACUACCUAGACAAAAGACUAGAAGAUGACAAAGACUACAACUUCCAUCGCUUCAAGCCAAACGCACCCAUAUGCAAGAACUGGCUAGACACCAAGCCAAGACAUUCCGUCAUCUACAUGUCCUUCGGAAGCUUAGCAAAGUUAUCCGAACAACAAUUUGAAGAACUAGCAUAUGCUUUAAAAAACACCAACCAAAAUUUCUUAUGGGUCGUAAGAGAAUUAGAGCAACCCAAACUUCCUAAGGGGUUCAUAGACCAAACUUCAGGACAAGGCCUAAUAGUAUCAUGGGCGUCUCAGCUAGAGAUAUUAGCCCAUGACGCGAUAGGUUGUUUCGUGACUCAUUGUGGAUUCAACUCGGUGCUCGAAGCAUUGUGUAUCGGAGUGCCGGUGGUGGGGGUGCCACAUUGGGGUGAUCAAGGGACUAAUGCUAAGUUUGUGGAGGAUGUUUGGAGAAUUGGGAUAAGAGCUAAUGUAGAUGAGAAGGGAAUUGUGAGAAGAGAUAAGUUGGAGAAAUGUAUAAAGGAAGUGAUGGAAGGUGAAAAAAGGAAAGAGCUUAUGAUGAAUGUGGCUAAAUGGAAGAAGUUAGCUAAACAAGCAAUGGAUGAAGGUGGAAGUUCUGAUGAGAAUAUUAAUGAGUUUGUGGGUUAUUUAGCAGGAUGUUAGCAGUAGGUAAUCUUUUAAUUAAGCUUUCAUUAUUGUAUGA